UUCAAUUAGCAAUUUGUGCAAUUUAAUAUUUGUUUCAUAAAAUGCAUAAAUAAUACUUUACUAUAAUUAUUAUUACACCUUCGUUACCUUUAACCUUCAUUGCUAAAAUUUAUAAAAUGGUUUGUGAUAAAUGCGAGAAGAAACUAGGAAAGGUAAUUACACCUGAUCCUUGGAAAUCUGGAGCAAGAAAUACUGUUGAAUCCGGUGGUAGAAAAGUCGGUGAAAAUAAAGCUGUGACUGGUUCCAAAGCCAGGUUUAGUCCUUAUACAACUACCUUCCUUACGUGCAGAAUUUGCAGACAGAAAGUUCACCAAGUAGGCUCGCAUUACUGCCAAUCGUGUGCAUAUAAAAAAGGAAUUUGUGCAAUGUGUGGAAAAAAAUUAUUGGACACAAAAAAUUAUCGGCAAUCUUCAACAUAAUAGUAUAAGGUAUCUAAAAUGUAUCAUACUUUAAAAGAAUUUGAUUGCUGAUGAAAUAAUUGUAUAUUAUUUACAUCAAAUUUGUAUUUUUUGUUUUGACGAUCUUACGAUAGAAGUGAUUCUUUAUUUAUUGUAAUAACUGUAAAAUAUAAGUUUAUAUUUGUAUCAUUGUA